AGACGAGAAAAGGUCCCGUCCCGUUGUGAUUUUAACGGUACGUGACGUAUGACGAUGGUACGGGUUCGGGCCGUAUUAGGGUUGCUCGUCAAUGCAGUGCCGAGCGCCGCACGAACGCGAACUUUCGGACCAGUCGGACAUGCGCAAUAGGGAUGGGACGAUAUUGCCAUCUCGCUUCGGCUUGAUGGUAUCUUCCAGUGUGGCGGAGAUUUUGGCAGCUUCCAGCAGAUGAACGGUGGCAACCGUAGAUCAGUUGUCAUACGACGGCUUCGUUGGUCGCGUAGUUCAACGAUUUGGGAAAAGUGCCGUGCUUUACCAGCUACACACGGUAUCGGUAACGUCACACUUUGCGGCGGACGUCGUCGUUCGUGCAGACGUUGUUGUCAUUUUUUUGUUGUUGGCUACUAUCAUCCUACAGCGGUGUGGUGUUUUUGAGAGGCAAGUUUGUCCUGGUGAGAAAGGACAUCAGCAUGGCUAAUCGCUUAAACAUGCGCAAAUAAGUGUUGAUUGUUAUUGUGAUAAUAAAGUGAGAAAAAAGAGUGGAAUAUCUACUUCAAGGUUAUAUAAACAGUUUGAAAUGGUUUAAAAAAAACUUAAAAAAUAAAAAUAAAUAAUGAAUAACUAACUUCUCAUAAUCUAUAACUGCAUAACCAAGUGCUCAAUAAUGAUGAAAUGAAGAAGCAAAAAAAAUCUCCCCCUAAAGAAAGGUUUAGCGGAAAACGGAUGCUAAUAUAAGUUGAACGGCCGCUCCACCCAAUUCCUUUCCCGAAUUCAUAGUUUCCCAUUAUAAUGUAUACCGAGUGGAUUGUAUUAUGCGGCUAACAGAAAAAAGAGGAAACCAAAAAAAAGUACCUCCAAUGUGCAGCCUGAUGCGAUGGUUUUUGAAGUGUUGUGUUUCAUGUAACAAAUAAUGUUGGGAACCCGGAAAAACUCGUUUCGUCGUCCCUUCACUACGCGAGGCAAAAGAUGCAAAAGCACCAAGAUUUUGGGCCCGCUGUAAAAAACGGAUUCGCGCCACCGAAAAAGUACGCGGCUACGUUCGGCAUCAACGGCAUCCAAAAAAAAAAAAGGAGAAUAGUAGCAGCACCAAUGAAUGAAUAAUACAUGUACGGCAACCCAAUUUGAGUUUCAAAUGAUCGCCAUCCAUCCCACCGAGUACGACUACGUACACCAGUUGUCUGUGUUUGUGUGUGUCGGGUUUUCUUCAACUAUUUGACCCUACCAACCAGCGGCAACAACAAAGUGGCCAGAAUGGUAGUAAUGAAGCCUCUUUUCUUCACGUGUGCAGACACGUGUGCAGUUCUCUGUGUUUGUGUGUGCAGUUGUUUGUGAAGAAGCGGAUCCAAGCGAACCGAGACGUUUGCGAGACGAGUGUGUUUUCUGUGUGCGUGUGUGAGUGCCGUGCCGUGCCGUGAAAGAGGAUCCAGUUCGGUUGCCAACACAAAAAAGGGGACCAAAAAAGUGUGCCCGAAAAUAUGAAAUUAAAAUGAUAAUACUACGCCCCACCAACACUAAUAGCAUACACACACCAACACCACACAGACAAAACAGUGGCCGCCACAUUGAUUGUCAGCAAUUGUUUCAGUGACGGUGGGAAGCAAUGUGAAACAGUGAGUGUAGUGUGUUGGGGAUACACGCCUCGGUGCCAAUGUGUGAAGUUGAAAAAGUUUUUUUUUGCUGACAGAGUUAUAAGUGGACAAAAAACUAGUGACAAAAAAGGGGGUUUGGAGCAUACACCCUUGUGUUUGCUCUGUCGCCUGGUUGCAGUUAGUGCUUUUUGGUGGAGAAUUGGCUACGGUUCCAUGUACAGUGGUGGCAGACAGUUCCAGCAAAGACCGGGGGGGAACAAAAUUCCCAAAGCACAUAAUCAUGUUUUUUAAUCUUCACACAUCCUUGCCACCGUUACAAGGAUAUUAAAGGGAGGAGUAUUGAUGCCGAAACGAAGCCGAAUCAGAUGCAAGACGAGUUUCUCAUCCAACGUUUCGACGUUCCGCUAUCUUCAAGAACCGAGCUGCCGAUAUGUGAGAACGGCCAAAUUGAUGAGGAUUGGGAUUUGCACAUCGGUAGUGACAGCAUAGGCAGCAUGAGUGUAUUACAGUUUACAGGACGCAAAUACAAACAACCAGACGCAAAAAUAACACACCCUUCCAACGGCUUAUCGUGAACGCGGAGGCUCCCCUUCCCCGAAGCGGCUUAGAAACGUGGGGCAACGCACACCAGCACACCAGCUCCUGUUCGCUCUGUUGCCCACGUUGCUGGGCGGUACACGCAACGUCAUAAAAAUUCUAAAUUAUGAUAAACGCUGUUUAUCCAUUGAGGAUAUCGACCAACUUGAAUUGCCUGUUUAGGACGUGGAUUAUUGUGCUGUACUUUUUGCAGGGCUGUCCUCAGCUUAAUACGGGAAUGGCAUCGUUGAUCGACCGCAGCGAUAUGUUACUCAGGACAGCAUUUUUCCUGCUUUCGCCCCACACACCGGACAAGAGUGGUACGGGCGGCAACGCAAACUCACUCGAUAAACAAACCUACGGCCACCGGGGCGGGGGCGGAAGCGGCAGUACCGGUGAGGGUACGAAUGGGGCAGGUGAGAGUGGCGAGUCGGGCGGUCCGGGACUAUCGAACUACUUCGAACAGGGCAGCGACAGUGAGGAGCUGCUCAAGUACUACAAAAUGCCGAUGCAGUUCGGGACGGAGAACUACACCCUGGUGACGUCGCAGAUAGGCAGCACGGCACACGUACCCUGCCGGAUUCAUCAUAUCGGCGAGGGUGUGGUGUCUUGGAUCCGGCGAAAGGACUAUCAUCUACUCACCGUUGGCUUGACGACGUACAGCAGCGAUGAAAGAUUUAGUGCUACCCACCUGCAAAAUUCAGAGGACUGGACGCUGCAGAUAAAGUUCGUGCAGGAUCGGGACGCCGGUUUGUACGAAUGUCAGGUGUCAACACACCCACCAACGUCAAUAUUUUUAGAGCUGAAAGUGGUCGAGGCAAGAGCAGAAAUAGUUGGACCACAAGUGAAGUAUCUGACACCUGAUUCGACGCUGAAAUUGAUAUGCCGAGUGGUGCAAAGCACGGAAGCCUCAGCAUUCAUUUUCUGGUACCACAACAACCGCAUGAUCAACUAUGACCUCGACCGGGGCAUCAACGUUUCCACCGAAGCCGAUUUCCACUACUCGGAACUAACGAUAAGCCAGGCCAGCAAGGAGCAUUCGGGAAAUUACACCUGCGUUCCAAGCAAUUCACAGCCAGCCAGCGUGGUUGUACAUAUAUUCAAAGGUGAUAAUCCGGCGGCUAUGUAUCACGAGCAUCGCAGCUCAUCAACGAUACCGUACCGGGACCGUUUGGAAAUGUUGCGGUUGCUGGCAUUCCUAAUGGUGCUGCUGUUCGUACGAUACUGGCGCGAGACCGACCUAACGGAACGGGUUGCACAUCGUGUCGGUACGCCAAUGAAACGGGAAAACGUUCCUACCUUCCGUGGAGCUGGACGGCUGCAUGCUGUAGCGUCAGACAGAAGGACACACCACGUACCGAUUUACACCGACACCGACAACCAUCAGCACCAAGCGUUGCAUCAAACGGGAUGUCAUUUGACGCCAUGCUUCUGAAUCGUCCAUCGCCAACCAUCGCUACCAGCAUUUGGCAUGUCGUUUGGAAUCGUUGGCAAAUGGUGAAAUGAGUUACAGGAAUGCGCUCUUCGGUGGUUCACGCGUGAUCACGAUUUACAGUUAAAGCUGUACAACUUACAUGGGAUGGUUGUGUGGCAGUGACGUUAUCUUAUGUUUACAGUAAUUUAACGAUACGAGUAAUGUAUCGUUUUUUUAUUUCAAUCACUAUUGCUAUCAUUACGUUGUGUUUUUUUUUUACAUUCUACGAUUGUGUUUAUCUUUCUUCGAUGUUCUUUUGCAUUUUUGCAUUUUGAAUUUACAUUUCAUUUAUUUUUAUAUUUCUUUUUAUCCCUUUUUUUGCUUUUUCAUAAGAUUGUAGAUAUUGAAUUUCUUAGCAUAAAGCAUUAUAGGAUAAAACAAUGGUGUUACAUGUCACGUUUAAUAAAACGAUACUUUUGGAAUAAGUCUUCGAAAUGUA